UUUGCUUCCUCUUGGCACUCACCCGCCUUCACCCCCUGUGCUCCUUGGGAGUUCUGAGGAUCAGUCAUGGCUGUGUUGUACCCUUCCCUGGAGGACCUGAAGGUGGGCCAGGCCAUUCAGGUCCAGGCCAGAGCUGAGCCCCCAAUUCCCACCUUGCCAGUCGAGGGGGCAGCCAUUUCCCAGAGUCCAGUUCUCUACCCAAACCUGGCAGAACUGGAAAAUUAUAUGGGUCUUUCCCUCUCCAGCCAAGAAGUCCAGCAGAACCUGCCUCAGAUUCCAGAAGGUACCAGUACAUCGACACAGGGUCUGGUGGUGGCACCAGUGUCUGGGAACAAUUUGGGCGUGCGAAGAGCAGAGAUCAAGCCUGGGGUGCGUGAGAUUCACCUGUGCAAGGACGAGAGGGGCAAGACUGGGCUGCGGCUGCGGCCCAUCGACCAGGGCCUCUUCGUGCAGCUGGUCCAGGCCAAUUCCCCUGCCGCCCUGGUGGGCCUGCGCUUCGGGGACCAGAUCCUGCAGAUCGACGGGCGUGACUGUGCCGGGUGGAGCAAGGACAAAGCCCACCGGGCCGUGAAGAAGGCAUCGGCCGAGAAGAUCGUCAUGAUUGUCCGCGACAGGCCCUUCCAGCGAACCGUCACCAUACACAAGGAUGGCACUGGCCACCUGGGCUUCGUCAUUAAGAAGGGGAAGGUGUGCUCGGUCGUGAAGGGCAGCUCUGCCGCCCGCAAUGGGCUCCUCACCAACCAUUACCUCUGCGAGAUCGAUGGGCAGAAUGUCAUCGGGAUGAAGGACAAAGAGAUCAUAGAGGUUCUGGCCAACACCGGGCAGGUCGUGACGCUGACCAUCAUCCCCACUGUCAUUUAUGAGCACAUGGUCAAAAAGCUGUCCCCCACCCUGCUGCAGCACACCAUGGACCACUCCAUCCCUGACAUCUGAGCUGGACAAAGAGGGCCAGAGCAC